AUGAGGGACUUUGUUCAAGCAGUAGUGGAGAGACUGAGUGUGGAUGACAACAGAGACCGCGUCUCAGUUGUUCAGUACAGCAGAGAUCCAGCUGUCCAGUUCUACCUGAACACAUACGCGACAAAAGGCCAGAUCCUUGACACUGUCAGAGGUUUGAGGCACAAAGGCGGAAGACCCCUCAACACUGGUGUAGCUCUCCAGUACUUGAGGGACAACGUCUUCACGGCCUCUGCUGGAAGCAGGCGUCUGGAAGGAGUGCCACAGAUCCUAAUAUUGCUAAGUGGUGGAAGAUCUUUUGACAGCGUUGACGCACCAGCCUCUGCUCUCAAACAGCUGGAAGAUAUCCCACGACCCACUAAUGUGGUGUCUGUGUCUGAAUUCACCGACCUUCCUGGUGUCCAACAGCAAAUUAUGUCCGCCGUGGAAGCUGUGGUCAUUGACGAGACCGUGGAACCACCAACUGUACUUGUUGAAACUGCCAAAAAGGAUGUUGUAUUCCUUCUGGAUGGUUCUGAUAGCACUAGGAAUGGCUUCCCUGCCAUGCGUGAGUUUGUUGAGACAGUGGUGGAUAAACUCAAUGUGGGAGAAAACAAGGACCGCGUCUCUGUGGUCCAGUACAGCAGAGAAGCAGAGGUCAACUUCUAUCUGAACACACUUAAGACAAAAGAGGAUGUUGUGGAUUCGGUCAGAGGGCUUAGACACAAAGGAGGAAGACCCCUCAACACCGGGGCUGCCCUCCAAUACGUCAGAGACAACGUCUUUACAAACUCCUCCGGAAGUAGGCGCUAUCAAGGAGUUCCACAGAUGUUGAUCCUGCUAACUGGGGGGAGAUCUUUUGACAAUGUAGACACCCCAGCCUCUGCUCUCAAGCAGCAGGGCAUCUUUGUGGUUAGCAUUGGAACAAGGAACUCUGACAGUAGAGAGCUGCAGAAGAUAUCCCAUGAGCCGAGUUACGCUCUAUCAGUGUCUGAGUUCUCUGACCUUCCCAGGUGUCCAAGAACAGCUGUCCUCAGUAAUGAGCACAGCUCUAGUGAGGGCCACGCCCGUAACACCAACAGUGACUGUUGUGAUAAAACCACAAGGAAAGGAUUAUGUGUUCUUGCUGGAUGGAUCCGAUGGUAGUAGAACUGGAUUCUCUGCUAUGAGGGACUUUGUUCAAGCAGUAGUGGAGAGACUGAGUGUGGAUGACAACAGAGACCGCGUCUCAGUUGUUCAGUACAGCAGAGAUCCAGCUGUCCAGUUCUACCUGAACACAUACGCGACAAAAGGCCAGAUCCUUGACACUGUCAGAGGUUUGAGGCACAAAGGCGGAAGACCCCUCAACACUGGUGUAGCUCUCCAGUACUUGAGGGACAACGUCUUCACGGCCUCUGCUGGAAGCAGGCGUCUGGAAGGAGUGCCACAGAUCCUAAUAUUGCUAAGUGGUGGAAGAUCUUUUGACAGCGUUGACGCACCAGCCUCUGCUCUCAAACAGCUGGGUGUCUUGACUUUUGCAAUUGGAACCAGAGGCUCUGAUGUGAGGGAACUGCAGAAGAUAUCCCACGACCCCACUAAUGUGGUGUCUGUGUCUGAAUUCACCGACCUUCCUGGUGUCCAACAGCAAAUUAUGUCCGCCGUGGAAGCUGUGGUCAUUGACGAGACCGUGGAACCACCAACUGUACUUGUUGAAACUGCCAAAAAGGAUGUUGUAUUCCUUCUGGAUGGUUCUGAUAGCACUAGGAAUGGCUUCCCUGCCAUGCGUGAGUUUGUUGAGACAGUGGUGGAUAAACUCAAUGUGGGAGAAAACAAGGACCCGCGUCUCUGUGGUCCAGUA